AUGGAGAUGGCAUUACGUAUGUUGAGAACUGGAGAAACAUCCACUCAAAAUAUUUUACCUGAUAUAAAGAUAAUUAAGUAUUACUGGACUGGUCAAGAUGGCUCUUAUCUUACUGAAUUCCUCUUAGAAAACGGCCACACUGUUCAUGGUAUUAUCCGUCGUUCUUCUUCGUUCAAUACUGGUAGACUUGAAUAUUUAUACAAAGAUCAACAUGAACGUCCAAAAAUGGCUCUCCAUUUAUGGAAAGCUGACAGAUUUCAUAUUGUUUCACAAGUGUUUUCAACUGAAAUUUAUAAUCCUGGAGGUGAUAUAGAUGGUUUGAGAACUUUACGUUUAUUAGAUGCCAUCAGAAUUGUUGGUUUAGCAAACCAUGUUAGAUUUUAUCAGACAUCCACGUCUGAGCUUUAUGGCAAAGCUGUAGAAACUCCACAGUCAGAAACCACACCAUUUUGUCCUCGAGGUCGUACUUUUGUAACUCGUAAAAUUUAUAGAGCCGUAGCUGAAAUUCACUUAAAUAAACAAAGUUGCAUAUAUCUUGAUAACAUUGAUUCUAAGCGUGAUUGGGGUCAUACAAGAGAUUACAUUGAAUUUGUUGAAAAAUCAUUUGCUGUAAUUAAUAAAACCAUUGUUUGGAAAAGCGAGGAUGAAAAUAUGGUUGGAAGUGAAGUUGACGCUGGAAUCGUUCGCGUAUGCGUAGAUCCAAAAUACUUCCGUCCAACCUAA